AUGGCGAUCGGUGAUGCGCUCGGUGCUAGCACCGAAUUUCGUCCAUAUAGUUAUAUGCAGUCCAAUCCCAUUACUGAUAUGAUUGGGGGCGGUACGUGGGGUUUGGCAGCUGGACAAUGGACUGAUGACACGUCCAUGGCUCUUUGUCUAGCUAUUAGUUUGAUUGUGAAACAAGGAUAUAAUGCUUAUGAUCAGUUAGUGAGGUAUAUGUCGUCAACCGGUCGCUGUUUUGAUAUUGGCAAUGCUACUAGCGAAUCGUUAGGUGCAUUUAUUAAGAAACAGAAAGACUUUAGUCAAGAGCACAAGAUUCCAUUCGAACAAAUGGACGCAAUUGAUGACAAAAACCAAAUGAUAUUUGAUGUUGAACAGAAAUUGCAAUGUAGUAGAGAAGGUGUAUGCGGCAAUGGCGCUCUAAUGCGUUUGACACCAGUACCGCUAUUUUUCUUUCGGGACCCACCAUGCGCUGUGCGGUAUGCAGGCGAAUCGGGUUUUAUUACACACGGAGAUCCCAAAGUUAAAGAUGCAUGUCGAUAUUAUUCCGCGUUAAUCACUGGUGCGCUGCUCGGGUACUCCAAAGAAAAACUAUUGGAUAAGCAGUUUUAUCUCGACUGCUGCAGUAAUGGUUGGUUUGGGAAAGAUGAUGAGGCUCGGUUACACUCAGAAGUACAGGAAAUUGCCGAUGGUUCGUUUCGAGAUAAGAAAAGAGGCUAUGAAGACGGUAUUCGUGGCAAAGGUUACAUCGUCUCGGCGUUAGAAGCAGCCUUGUGGGCAUUUUGUUACGAUGGCGGCUCGUUUGAAACCGGUGUGCUGAAUGCAGUUAAUUUGGGAGAUGAUACAGACACUACCGCAGCUAUUUAUGGCCAAUUGGCGGGCGCAUAUUACGGUGUGAAAGGCUUGCCGAAAAAUUGGUUAAAACUAGUAUAUGCCAAAGACUUCAUAAAAUGUUUGAGCAAGUGGUUAGAGUUUGAAGGAGACGAGUGGUACAAAAAAAACAAUCCGUAA